GCAUAUUAUAUCCCAAUCUCCAAACGUAGAAAUCAAAAGCUUCCUCUUCUCUCUCUCUCUCUCAUAAUAUUUCUUCUUCUUCUUGCUAGUUAUACCAACUCUAUCUAGCUCUUUAAUUACUUUUUUUUCUUGUUGAAUUAUUCAUGGGUCUAAGAGACAUUGGAGCAACACUGCCUCCUGGGUUUAGAUUUUAUCCAAGUGAUGAGGAGUUGGUGUGCCAUUAUCUCUACAAAAAGAUUGCUAAUGAAGAUGUUUUGAAGGGCACUCUUGUGGAUAUUGAUUUGCAUACUUGUGAACCAUGGCAACUUCCUGAGUUGGCGAAGCUCAACGCGAGCGAGUGGUACUUCUUCAGCUUCAGGGACAGGAAAUAUGCGACUGGGUUCCGGACCAAUCGGGCGACGACGGCUGGAUACUGGAAAGCUACAGGGAAGGAUCGGACGGUGCUGGACCCACUAACUCGUGAGGUGGUAGGGAUGAGAAAGACGUUGGUGUUCUACAGGAACAGAGCUCCAAAUGGAAUCAAAACUGGCUGGAUCAUGCAUGAGUUUCGACUUGAGACCCCACAUAUGCCACCUAAGGAGGACUGGGUGUUAUGCAGAGUCUUUCACAAAGGCAAGGAAACUGAUCAAAACAGCACCAAUAGACUCCCAGAAAUGGUGUUUGAAGCCACUGCAGUCUCUACAAUAUCACCCAAUAUUGGUCCUCAUAACCACACUAUGCCUUUCGGUUGCCAAAAUAUCACUUCUAAUCAUCAUCAGCAGCAGCAUCACCAAAACCUUGUCAACCAAAACUCUCUAUUAAAUCUCCAGUUUUCUCUGGACAGAAAUAUCAGCAGUACCAAUUCUGUAGCCAAUGUGGGCUCGAAAGGCGACGACGAUUACGGGUUCUUCUGGGACAUGAACUUGGAAGAAAAUAGUCUGGUUUCAUCAAGCUUGGAGGACAUGAGAUUUGAGAUUGAUAAUAGUAUGGUAUUUAUCUAAAAGUACUAUAUAUAUAUAUAUCCUAUAUAUGAAAAUGCAUACCAAUUUGAUUAUUUGUGAAGUCUGUUUGCUUUUCGAGGGAUUAUUUAGUCAAGUUGGAUUGGAUCGAUUCGAUGCUACAUUAGGAAGAAGAUUUGUGUAUUGUUUAGGGUUUAUAUGUAUAUUUUUCUUUUAUACAGCAUUGGAAAUCUCUGUAUAAAGUAUACCAAUUAUUAUGUUCUUUAUAAGUACUAUUAGUGUGAUGA